CGACAUGGAUCAAACAGAAACAAGGAAAUUGCAGAGGCAGAGUUCCUUCACUAUCAAAAGUUUACUGCUUCCGUCUAAAACGGACAAACAGCACAUAAAGCCUUCGGAGAAAGCCCAGCUGGCGUCGUCUACCGACUCCCCGGAACCCGACGAGGUGAAGUCCCCAGAGAAAGACAAAAUCGCGGAAGAACCCAGUAAAAGCGAAAAGCCAGACAAACCUCCGUUUAGCUACAACGCGUUAAUAAUGAUGGCUAUCCGACAAAGCCCCGAGAAGAGACUCACGCUUAACGGAAUUUAUCAGUUUAUUAUGAAAAACUUUCCGUUCUACCGAGAGCACAAGCAAGGCUGGCAGAACUCCAUCCGUCACAAUUUAAGUCUUAAUAAAUGUUUUGUUAAAGUGCCAAGACAUUAUGACGACCCAGGAAAAGGCAAUUAUUGGAUGUUAGACCCGUCCAGCGAUGAUGUUUUUAUUGGCGGUACGACUGGCAAACUCCGGAGACGCUCGGCUACAUCCAGAGGAAAACUCGCUAUUAAACGAGGACUUCGGUUUUGCCCGUUGGCACUUGGAAUCAACGAGGCGGCAAAUAAUCCUCUAUACUGGCAAAUAUCGCCUUUAAUAUCCUUACACCAUCCGCAGUACAGUGCAACAUCGCACGGGUUCAUGAAUCAAGGUCAUGGUUACAGUUCUUUUGUCCCUGGAGUGGAGCAUUUGGGCAACAGGGAUCUGACACGGCCAAUUCUGGGAGGUUCUAGCGGUCCACUCGGUUUGACAAACGCUUACAGGAUGAGUUCGUCCUCCGUUGGGUUAUUAUCUGUCCAGUCCGGAUACUUACAGCCACCUGCCAUGCAGCAAAACACGGUCACCUCUCAGCAGACAUUGCUUAAUGACACUUUCAGGAUAAAUUCAUCAUCUCUUUCCCCCGCUGUAUCCAGUGGUUUACAUGGAGUUUUGUCCCAUCGCGACACCGCCGCAGAUUUAUUUUAAAUUAAACGGACAGGAAGAAUAAACUACUAGAGAAGCGGUGUGUCCUACGUUUGCUAUGUAAUGCAACAGCUAUGGUCUGAAAUUACUAAAUGUUUUGUCCAUAAAAUUUCAGGUCACUAAAUGCAUUAUUCAUUUUAUGUGCUUCAAGAAAAGCAGCGCAAGUAUUGUUACUUUUUGCGUCUUGCUAUUUAAGACCAGACAUGUUACUGUUAGAAGUCCAGUGCUAAGGUUUGUUAAUUUGUAUUUAAUGUCACUGUAUCUAUUUAAACUAAUAUCACUGCAACAAUCUGCAGGCCUACUACAGUAAAAAUAUUACAAUGUGAACUCGCGACUCUUUUUGGAGAGGGUCAUCAGAAAACAGCAGAGACACUCAAAGAUUUAAAUUAUAUUUAGUAUUUUCUCCGGUCCCAGAUAGACUUUUUUACCUUUUUCUUAUUUUUGUCUUGUUUUCAUUGCACAUAUCUAAAAAUUCUUAAAUCAAAAUGUAUUUUUUUGAUGAGCAAAGUCUAAAUAAGUCUACAAUUUUUAUACAAUUUAAGUAUGUUUGUGCUUAAAACAAGCAAAAAAAAUCUGCCAACAACUUUUUUUGAUUUUUUUUCUUGAAUGAAUGUUAAAGAAAAAAGGUCAAGAUAUUUUUUCUUACC